AUGAGUUUCUCGUUGGAAUACAGUGUCUUCUUAUUCGUGUUGGUCGCUGUUACAGUUGUCAAUGGAUGCCGCUUGGACCCCAAUUUGCUGGUGGAGAAUUAUGAAAGUAAGGCCUUAGAUUUUCAAUCGUUUUGCAUAAAGGAAUGGUGGACUUUUGAGUUUUGUAAGUGUUCUAGGAUGCUCAGGUUUUAAGAAGCUUAGAAAACCGUAGUAAAAGCUGUGAUCUUCAACGCUUGAAUUUGAGCUCCUCAACAAUUCCGGAUGUAUUUUUCUAACAUGGCUCAUUUCCAGGUCACUUGGAGAACGCGAGUCUUGAACUGAACGUUCCGGAAUUCUACCAACAACUCACUUCGGCAUCAGUUGAAUUCAACACCUCAACAGAUCCCACCGAACUUGGUGAAGUCAUGUUUAACAACUGGUACACAUUUGAGAAGGUUUACCGAAGCGCUUUGGACAAAGGAGGCCUUCCCAGUAACUUGAUCGACUUUGCAGUUACGGUAGGUGUACCUUGAAGGCCCCCCGUUAAUCUUGUUUUGUCAUAGUUUCGAUAGAAUUGGAUGAGUAUCAAACUCAAUCAACAGAUGAGCGAUUUGAUUACUGUGUCGCGUUGAUUAACUCAAUCUUUUUUUUGCAGGAGGCUCGUCUGUAUUGCCUGGUACGUUCAGCACAAGCGCAAGACAAGAUCGAUGCGAAGCACAAGGACCUCUCAAUAAAUUACAAGAUCUUGUCCGAGGGCGAAAAGGCGAUCGUCGAAAGAGCUCUGCCUAAUGCCGCGGAAAUGGUCACAUCUCCGGAGAAUUGGAGAAAAUGA